UCGGAACUGGGCACGCAGCGCUCAGCCCUCCCAGGCUUUCGCCUUGCUGCUCCGGGGGCCCCUAGCUUGCGCAUCUUGUCAGCCUCUUCAAGCAGCCCCCGCAGCCUCCAAAGACACAUCAUGACUCUGGAAGGCCCAUGUUGGGCAAGGAGAGGAUCUGGAGACUUCCUUACAGCCUGUGGUCCUCCAGCUCGGAUUCUGCUGGCCUUGGUGGUUCUACUGUGCAUGGAAAAUGGCCAAGGCCACUGGGAUGAGACCCUGGAAUCUGCAAGUCCAGGUCAUGUGAGAAGACGAGGCAGGCCUGCCAUCGUUUUGCAGGGGCCUAAUGUAUGUGGUUCCCGCUUUCAUGCCUACUGCUGCCCUGGCUGGAGGACUCUGCCUGGCAGGAAUCAGUGUAUUGUGCCUGUCUGCAGGCACACCUGUGGCAAUGGCUUCUGCUUCCAGCCCAACCUGUGUACCUGUAUGGACGGGACCCUGGCCCCCAGCUGUGGAGUAAAUAGAGCAUCCCUGGGGUGUAGCAUGAGCUGCAUGAAUGGGGGCAGCUGCCACGGGGAAUCCUGUCUAUGCCAGAAAGGCUACACAGGCGCUGUGUGUGGACAGCCUAUCUGUGUCCACGGCUGCCGUAAUGGAGGACGCUGCAUCGGGCCAAACCUCUGUGCAUGUGUAUAUGGAUUCAUGGGGCCUCAGUGUGAGAGAGACUUCCAGAUGGGGCCCUGCUUCCCCCAAGUGAGACCUGAGGGGUGCCAGCGCCAGCUGACAGGUCUCAUGUGUACUAAAGCUCUCUGCUGUGCCACUGUGGGCCAUGCCUGGGGACUUCCCUGCCAGCUCUGCCCGGCACAGCCACACCCCUGCCGCCGAGGCUUAAUCCUAAAUGUUCACACAGGAGCCUGCCAAGAUGUGGAUGAGUGCCAAGUCAUCUCAGGCCUGUGCCUGGGUGGCAGCUGUCUCAAUACAGUGGGCUCCUUCGAGUGCCACUGUCCUGCUGGACACCAGCUCAAUAUCAGAGGCACCGAAUGUGAAGAUCGCCGGGUGGGCACCUGCUUCUCAGUGCUUAUCGGGGGUCAGUGUGCUGCAGACCUCACUGGCCACUAUACUUACGGACAGUGCUGCUGUGACAAGGGCAGGUGCUGGGCACCUGGUCCAUCACCAAAGCUGUGUCCCCCACGGGGUUCUGGUGAAUUCCUGAGACUGUGUGCCCAAGGGCUCCCACUGCUACCUGCCUAUGCAGACCUCUUCCCUGGACUCUCAGAAGUUGGAUUCAACAACCUGGGGCCUGCCCUGAGGCCAGCACAACACAACCCCCAUGGUUCCCGUGGGCAUGUAGUCCCCACACUGAUCUCUGGCAACUCCAACAACGAUGUGAGGUUGGGGCUGUGUUUCCUGCGUUGGGGUGAGGAAGACUGUGGAAUUCCCCUGCCUGGCAAGUACCAGAUGGAUGUCUGUUGCUGCUCCAUCGGGACCUCAUGGGGAGCUGAGUGCAAAGUUUGCCCAGAGCCCAGCUCCCCAGAAUUCUCCAGCCUGUGUCCCCAAGGGCUGGGCUUUGCCAGCCAGGACUUCCUGUCUGGCCGACCCUUCUAUAAAGAUGUGAAUGAGUGCAAGGUGUUCCCUGGCCUGUGCACACAUGGCACCUGCCGUAAUUCCAUGGGCAGCUUCCACUGCUCCUGUGACAAAGGUUUUACCCUGGAUGCCCAAGAGAGGAACUGUACAGACAUCGAUGAAUGUCGGAUCUCCCCUGACCUCUGCGGCCAGGGUACCUGCGUCAACACCCCAGGCAGCUUCGAGUGUGAUUGUUUUCCUGGUUUCACUAGUGGCUCUUUACUGAUGAAGAACUGCAUGGAUGUAGAUGAAUGUGCCAGGGACCUGCUGCUCUGCCAGGGAGGUACAUGCAUCAACACAGAAGGGAGCUAUGAGUGCCACUGUCCCUCUGGACGUGAGCUGAAGGCCCAAGGCACUGCCUGUGAAGACAUCGAUGAAUGCACUAUGAGUGAGAGCCUCUGUCCCCAUGGCCAGUGCAUCAAUGUCAUUGGUGCUUUCCGUUGCUCCUGCCACACCGGCUUCCAGAGCACUCCUGAUGGCCAGGGCUGCGUGGAUGUGGAUGAAUGUGAAGACAACCUAGGCAUCUGUGGAGAAGGCCAGUGUACCAACAUGCCAGGAUCUUACCAUUGCAUUUGUUAUGACGGCUUCUCAGCCUCACCAGACAUGAAGAUUUGUGUAGAUUUGAAUGAGUGCGACAUGAAUCCCUACCUCUGUCUCCACGGGAACUGUGAGAACACAAAAGGAUCCUUUACCUGUCACUGCCAUCUAGGCUAUAUCAUCAGGGAGGGAGCUACAGGCUGCUCUGAUGUGGACGAAUGUGAGUUUAGGAGACACGGUUGUGACAGGCACGCCUCCUGUCUCAACAUCCCUGGGAGUUUCAGCUGUAGGUGCCACCCAGGCUGGGGUGGGGAUGGCUUCAAAUGCCACGACCUGGAUGAAUGUGCCAUCCAACAGCAUCGUUGUGACCCAAAUGCCAACUGCCUCAAUACUGUGGGCUCUUACCACUGCACCUGCCAACCAGGAUUUGUUGGAGAUGGCUUAUUCUGUGAAGACAAGGAUGAAUGCAUGGAGAAUGUGGGCCUCUGCGAGAACGGACAGUGCCUCAAUGUACCUGGCGGGUACCACUGUGAAUGUGAUAUGGGCUUCAGCCUUACCAAGAACCAGCUGGCCUGCUGGGAUGUGGACGAGUGUGCUCUUGGGAACUUGUGCGUGUUUGGGAAUUGUGAAAACCUGCCUGGAAUGUUCCGCUGCAGCUGUGAUGAUGGCUAUGAGCUGGACCAAAGUGGAAGCAACUGCACAGAUGUUGAUGAGUGUGAAAAUCCUGCGAACUGCAUCAAUGGCCUGUGUGUUAACACCCCUGGCAGCUACCUCUGCAACUGCCCCCAGGACUUUCAGCUUAACCCCAGUGGAGUGGGCUGUGUUGACACCCUGGCCGGGAUCUGUUUCUUGGAAGUGCAGGACCGAGGUGACAGUGACAUUUCCUGUAGUGAAGAGAUUGGAGCUGGUGUCAGCAGAGCGUCUUGUUGUUGUUCCCUGGGCCAAGCCUGGGGCCGUCCCUGCAAGCCAUGUCCAAUCGGCAACACCUCAGAGUAUAGGACCCUGUGUCCCGGUGGUAAGGGUUUCCGGCCCAAUCCCAUCACUGUGAUUAUGGAAGACAUCAACGAAUGCCAGGAGCUACCCAGACUAUGCCAGGGAGGCAACUGUACCAACACCUUCGGUACCUUCCAGUGUGAGUGCCCUCUUGGAUACAGCCUCAGUGAAGAUACCUGCACCUGUGAAGACAUUGACGAGUGUACCACCCUGGUGGGGCAAGUGUGUCAGCUUGGCCAGUGCCUCAACACAGCCGGUUCCUUCCACUGCCUCUGCCAAGACGGCUUUGAGCUCACAGCUGACAGGAAGGACUGCAUGGAUAUCAACGAAUGUCUGAGCCUCCCAGGGACCUGCCUGCCAGGCACCUGUCAGAACUCGGAAGGCUCUUUCCAGUGCACCUGUCCCACUGGCUUCCAGGUGCAGAGUGGCCAUUGUAUUGAUACUGAUGAAUGCUUGGAGGAGCCCAGCCUCUGCUUUCUUGGCACCUGUACCAACAGUCCUGGGACCUUCCAGUGCCUCUGCCCUCCUGGCUUUGUCCUCUCUGACAGUGGACACUAUUGUUUCGACACUCGCCAGAGUUUUUGCUUCACCCAGUUUGAGGCUGGAAAGUGUUCAGUGCCCAAAGCUUUCAACACCACAAAGACCCAGUGCUGCUGCAGCAAGAACCCCACCAAGGGGUGGGGGGACCCCUGUGAGCUGUGCCCUCAGAGUGACAGUGUUACUUUUCGGGAGCUCUGUCCCUUUGGCCAUGGGGCUGACCCAGGCCCAGAUGACUCCAGAAAAGAUGUGGAUGAGUGUGCAGAGAAUCCUGGCAUCUGCACUGGUGGCCUCUGUGUCAACACUGAUGGCUCCUUCCAUUGCGAGUGUCCCCUCGGCUACAGCCUGGACUUCAGCAGCAUCACCUGCGUUGACAUUGACGAGUGCACCCUGAAUCCACUGCUCUGUGCUUUCCGCUGCCACAACACUGAGGGCUCCUACCUAUGCACCUGCCCAGCUGGCUACGCACUGAGGAAGGAUGGUACCAUGUGCCAAGAUGUGGACGAGUGUGCAGAUGGGUCUCAGGAUUGCCACACCCGAGGCAUGCUGUGCAAAAACCUCAUUGGCACUUACAUCUGCAUCUGCCUGCCUGGCAUGCAACCCCAGCCCUCUGGGGAGGACUGCACAGAUGAGGACGAAUGUCAGGCCCAGUCCAGCCUCUGUGCCCAUGGCCGCUGCAUCAACACAGUGGGAAGCUUCCAGUGUGAUUGUGAUGAGGGCUUCCAUCCCAGCUCCACCCUCACUGAGUGCCAUGAUAUCCGGCGGGGGCUCUGCUUCUCUGAGGUGCUACAGGCCAUGUGCCAGAGUUGGUCAAGCAGUGGUGAGGCUGUGCCCAGAGCCAUGUGCUGCUGCGGGGGCGGCCGGGGCUGGGGCCCCCAUUGUGAGCUCUGUCCCUUGCCUGGCACCUCCGCCCACAGGAAGCUCUGCCCCCAUGGCAAGGGCUAUAGCACCGAGGGCCAAGAUGUGGAUGAAUGUCACAUGUUUGCUGACCUGUGCCCCCAUGGCGAGUGCAUCAAUAGCAUUGGUUCCUUCCACUGUGACUGCCAAGCUGGGUAUACACCAGAUGCCACUGCCACUGCCUGCAUGGACGUGGACGAGUGCAGCCAGGACCCCAGGCCAUGUUCCUUCCUCUGCAAAAACACAGAGGGCACCUUUCUGUGCGCCUGCCCCCGUGGCUACCUGUUGGAGGAAGAUCUCAGGACCUGCAAAGACCUGGAUGAGUGCACCUCCAGGCAGCACAACUGCCAGUUCAUCUGUGUCAACACCGUGGGCGCCUUCGCCUGCCGCUGUCCUCCUGGCUUCACACAACACCAGCAGGCUUGUUUCGAUAAUGAUGAGUGCUUGGCCCAACCUGGCCUAUGCGGUACCCAUGGACACUGCCAAAAUACCCCAGGCAGCUUCUACUGUGAGUGUAAUAGAGGCUUCAUCCUGGACAGCUCUGGCCACAGCUGUGAAGAUGUAAACGAAUGUGACAGGCCCCACCGCUGCCAGUUUGGCUGUCAAAAUGAGCUGGGGGGCUACCGUUGCAGCUGUCCCCAAGGCUUCACCCAGCAUUCCCAGUGGGCCCAGUGUGUGGAUGAAAAUGAGUGUGCCUUAUCACCCACAGCUUGUGGUAGUGCCUCUUGCUACAAUACACUUGGCAGUUUCCACUGUGUCUGCCCCUCUGGUUUCAAUUUCAACCAGGACCUUGGAGGCUGCCAGGAUGUGGAUGAGUGUGCAGAGCAAGGCAACCCCUGCAGCUAUGGUUGUGCCAACACACAUGGUGGCUUCUUGUGUGGCUGUCCCCAAGGCUACUUCCGGGCUGGACAAGGACACUGCAUCUCCAGCCCUGGGUUCAGCUCUGGAUCUCAGGCCACCCCAGAUGAGGAAGAAUCACUCUCGCCUGAAGCCUGCUAUGAAUGCAAGAUCAAUGGCCUCUCCCCUCAGGACCGACCAAGACGCAGCAUCCAAGGAGGUCAUCAGGUGAGCCUGGCCACCCUUGACACGGAAGUCCCCUUGACCUUGAGCCUGUACAUCUCACACCUUGGCCAAGUCAAGCAUAUCUUAGAAUUUCGACCAGCUCUUGAGAGUCUGGGAGGCCAGAUCCGUUACGUUAUUGCCAGAGGCAACAACCAAGGUUUCUUCUGCAUGAAUCACCUGGAUGGCUUCAGCUCCCUGCACCUGGGCCAUAGGAGACCAAGACGGGGGAAAUACCAGCUGGAGGUGGUGAGUGUAGCAGGAGCUCAGGGCCAACCAGGGCCAGCAAAGCAAGCCUUGCGGCUAACAGUCCAAUUACAGCUGCUCUAGCAGAGAAGCUUCAGUGCACCUACAGUUCCAUGACAUCUGCAAGUGGAGAUUCUGGAACUGCCUAGAACUGAUCUCGGGGGCAAAAGCUGACCAAGUUGAACCUCAAAACUCAGGAAGAGUGGACCAUUACACUAUGACCUCAGAUGAACCCAGCCUGUGCAAGCCCACCAAGUGGGGCAAUACCUCAGUCUCUCCUGGACUCAGCUAGAAGUCACAAUACUCAGCCCUCCACCCCACAACCAGGGUCAGCAGGAGGGACCCCUGGUGUCCGCUGCACCUUGUCAUCCUCACGCUUAAACUUCAAGACUGCACUAUGAUUCACCAAGGGUGUUGAUGGGACAUGGGAACAAGUGACUAGGGUGGGUGUGGGGGUCAUCCCUCAGAAUCAAAAUGGGAAGCCUUUUCCCCCACAUCUUGACUACCAGAUUCAUUCCCCAGAGCCUGGGCUAGGAUUCUAAAGAUCCUUUUCUAUUGAAACUGAAGAAAACAAUAAAGGACUUGGGGGCUGAAUCUGCCUAUGUGUUCUCAAAUAUGUAGAUGCUAUCUCCCCCUACAAAAGACACACACACACACACACACACACACACACACACACACACACACACACAACUCCUGCCUGGGGAAGCUGGAGGACCCAAGUUGGUCUUGUGUAGCCCCAGGACUACCUGGCCUUUGGCUAUAAGGUUCUUUAUCUCAGGGCAUAGGGAAAAGAGUGGGUCAAGGGACUAUCACACCUGUACAUUUGGCACAAACCCAAACUAGGCUGACAGUGGCAACCUCUCAGGGCCCCAAUGGUUUCUCAAGUGUUCGCUUGUUUGCUGUUUGUCUUGAAACUCUGGAGAAUAAGCAAGUAUCCACAGAGUCCCUGUUUGAUAGAACAACGUUUGACACUCAGAGGAGUUGACCAACAUGGCCAGGAUCAGGCAGCAGCACUGGAAACUACGCUGUCAAUCACUGUGCCUGGCUCUGACGCAAUAGCUGGAAUAUGCAUCACAAUAAUGAACUCUGCAGUUGAAGGGUAACUCUCAAAUACUGGUACAUUUGGUCCCCAGCAAGCCUAGCCAAGGAAAGUAGUAUUAUCACAUGGACACUGAGAUUUAGAGAAUGUAUGGGAGCCUGAUGGAAUCACCAUUUAUAAUACAGGCUAGAGCCUGAGUUUUUGGGUUUCUUUGUUUGUUUGUUUGUUUAUUUUAGGGGUAUGUGUGUGUUUCCUGACACUGAGUUCUGAAGCCUGGCUCCAAACCACCAAGGGUGCUCUCUACAAAGAAAACAUUGUUUUAGGUUGUUUGUUUUCUGUGUUGUUUCUGUUGCUGUGUUCUUGUUUGGACAGUAGUAGGAACUGAACCCACAGCUUUACUGUAGAGGUGCUAGGUAAGCACUCUACCCCUGAGCUAUAUCCUUAGUCCUUCCGGCUUUUUUAGAAAAGUUCGUUGUUGUUUUAAAUGGGGUCUCACGUUGUACCCUGGCUGGCCUGAACUCUCUUUGUAGACCAGGCUGGUUUCAAACACACAGAGAUCUGCUUGGCUCUGUAUUCUGAGAGUUAUGGUUUGGGAGGUGUGGUGGUUUAAAUAAGAAUGGCCCCCAUAGGCUCAUAUGUUUGAAUGAUUAGUCAUCAAGGAGGAGCAUAUUUGAGAAGGAUUAGUAAUUGUGGCCUUGUUGGAAUAGGUGUGGCCUUAGUAGAGGAAAUCUGUCACUGGGGUGGGCUUUGAGGUUUCAAAGGCCCAAGCCAAGCCCAAGCCCAGUCUCUCUCUCUCUCUCUCUCUCUCUCUCUCUCUCUCUCUCUCUCUCUCUCUCUCUCUCUCUCUCUCCCCCCCCCUCUCCCUCCUGCCUACAGAUCUAGAUGUAGAACUCUCAGCUACUCCUCUAGCAUCUUGUCUGCCUGUGUGCCACCAUGCUCCUGCCAUGACAAUAAUGGACUAAACCUCUGAACCAUAAGCCAGCCCCAGUUAAAUGCUUUCUUCUGUAAGAGUUGCUGUGGAUGUGGUGUCUCCUCACAACAAUUAGAACAGUGACUAAAACAGGAGCAUGGCCAUCCAUGUUGGCUGAGCAAAGGCGUGGCUGGCUGCUGGAACAGCAGCAGGAAGCAGAGGGUGGGCACACUAGGAAUGCUGAAUCUUUCGAAACCUGGAAGCCUGCCCAGUGACAUACAUCCUCCUCCACGGCCACACCUCAUAAUCCUUCCCAAACAGUUCGCAACUUCGGGCCAAUUAUUCAAACACAUGAGUCUAUGGGGGUCAUUCUCAUUCAAAAUACCACCACUCCCAAAGACUGUCAGAAGUAGAGCUGAAUAACCAACCUCUAUCUGCAGGUCUCUAGUGCCUGGCCCCAGAGCUCUAGCCUUGCUCCAAGCCUAACCCGGUGACCUCUGGGCAUCCCAUUAGGGCUGGCAGAAAGCUUUUUCAUCCAUUGUCUAGAUUCCCCCAGAAUCUGGACAUAGCAAGCAUAAUGACCCCCAUUUUACAGACAAAUUUUACAGAGAAAUUCAGCACAGACACUGAGAUUAAGAUUUGGACCUUGACUGAUGUGGUGGCUCACACCUCUCAUGGCCCACACACUUUAGCACUUGGCAAACAGAGAAAAGCUUAUCUCUGUAAGUUCAAGGCCCUCCUGGGUCUACAUAGCAAGUUCCAGUCUAGCCAAGGAUACACAGUGAGAUUGCAAGUUGGGUUAGUAGAUAAAAGUGUCUGCUGGCCAGGUGGUAGUGGCGCACACCUUUAAUCCCAGCAUUCAGGGGGCAGAGACAGGUGGAUCUCUCUGAGUUUGAGGCCAGCCUAGUCUACAGAGUGAGAUCCAGGACAGGCACCAAAACUACACAGAGAAACCCUGUCUCGAAAAACAAAAACAAAAACAAACAAAAAAAAGUGUUUGCUGUAUAAGACUAACGACUCGAGGUCAGUCCCCAGACCCCAAAGUGAAAGAAGAGAUUCCCACUCCCUAAACUGUGUUCUGAAGUAUGCACACCCACCACUACCAUCCCACAACAACAGCAAUGAAUAAAUAGAUUUGGACAGAGAGCACAGGGUGUAAAUCAGUUGUAGAGUGCUUGUCUAGCCUGCACCAAACCCUGGGCUAAAACCAGCACUACAUAAACUAGGGGCCCCAUUUUAUCAAGAGUGAGGAAACAAUGGUCCAAGGUCAGGUCACACCUGACCUGCCCUGGGGUCGUCCCCCAAGGAGCCAUCUAUUAAACUAUUAGGAAGACUAGAGCACAGAUCUUCAGAUAAGGGAACUCACCUGGGAUUCAGCCCAGGCUGGGGCAUUUCCCAGUAAAAUAUGACAGGAAUCUGAGGCAGGAGGGUCCCAAGACAAAGGCCAGACUAUACAGAGUGAAUCACUGUCUCAAAAACAAAAAAUGGGGCUGGAGAGAUGGCUCAGCUGAUAAAGUGCUUGCCAGAUAAGCAUGAGGACCCGAGUUUGAUCCCUAGGGCCCACACUUAGAAGAAGAAGAAGAAGAAGAAGAAGAAGAAGAAGAAGAAGAAGAAGAAGAAGAAGAAGAAGAAGAAGAAGAAG